CUGGCGCUCGCGGGCAUCGCGCUCAUACGUUCGGGUACUCAGGUCACAUCGCUGUCCGAUUCUGGGUGUCCACAGGAGACGCGGCUAUCUGAGGUGAAGAGGAAAGCCAUGUAGCUGCACAAAGGAUUAUUGCGCUCCCAACAGCUGUGUGGCUUGGUGACGUGACCCCCACCCCUCCCCACGAUGCGGGAAUACAAGCUAGUGGUGUUGGGCUCAGGAGGCGUGGGCAAGUCUGCACUGACAGUCCAGUUUGUACAAGGUAUCUUCGUGGAAAAAUAUGACCCCACGAUAGAAGACUCGUAUAGAAAGCAAGUGGAGGUAGAUGGGCAGCAGUGCAUGCUUGAAAUCCUGGACACUGCAGGCACAGAACAGUUUACGGCGAUGAGGGACCUUUAUAUGAAGAAUGGCCAGGGCUUUGCUUUAGUUUACUCCAUCACUGCACAGUCCACCUUCAACGACUUGCAGGACCUGAGGGAGCAGAUCCUGCGCGUGAAAGACACUGAGGAUGUGCCCAUGAUCCUGGUGGGCAACAAAUGUGACCUGGAGGAGGAGCGAGUGGUGGGCAAAGAGCAAGGCCAUAACUUGGCCCAGCAGUGGAACCACUGUGCCUUUCUAGAGUCCUCAGCAAAAUCCAAGAUCAAUGUUCUCGACAUUUUCUUCGACCUGGUAAGACAGAUAAAUAGGAAAACACCGGUGGAAAGGAAGAAGCCAAAAAAGAAAUCGACCUGCGUGCUGCUCUGAACUUCCCGCCAACAGCAUCUGUGAGCCAGAAUGCUAUGAUGAAGAACUAUUGUGCCAGCAUUCUGAAUUCCUACCACUGUGAACAAUAAGGGAAUGAAGCACUAAUGUGAUGUGCUGCAGCAUACCGGGAGCCUGCGUCUCCAACAAGCGAAGAUUCCGGACUCAGACUCCUUUCUCCUUUUAUAGCAUUGUGACAGAAGAAUCGUUUUUCACAGUGAAACAGCCAUAAACUCCAGUUUCCAAGAUAUUAUGUUUUACUGUUAUUAUAAAAAACCUAACGUUUAUUGGCACAUUUAUUUAACGACAUGGGACUCCGUUUGGUUAUGUGAAAACGUGACUCUUUGAAUGAUAUGGACUUGAUUUAAUUCUGAUGAAUACUAUUAACUUUUCACAUUACGGAGAUCAAUAGUAAUAUAUUUUAUAAGGUCCCUAAAUAUUUUUGUUUUCGUAUUAUAAAGGCAUUGAUUUCAUGAAAUAAAAAAUUUUCCCCCAAGUGUUUUUAUUUUGUAUUUGAAGUCACAGGGCUACCAUGUUUCCCGUAAUAUAUCGUCAUUUUUUUGCAUAAUGCUUUUAUAGAAAAAACAGGGAAAUAAUUGAUUUGUAUUGAUGUCUUGGCUGAAAUAUAUUAUACUAAAACUCAAA